GACUACCGAGCUGGAACGUUCACGAUGAAGGAUCUCCCCGACAAGAGCUGGAUGAAGUCCGAGCGCGACGAGCAGGGCCAUUUCAUGAUCGACCUGUUGGGUGGAACUGGUCGCGACGCCGACGAUGUCAUGAACGACGGAGCCCCCAUCGAUGGCGACGACCGCAGCAGCGACUCGACGGACAAAAACAUUAAAGGAGAUUCGGUCAAGGGCGACGACGGCGACGACGGGGACUCGUCGGCGCCUGACCCCGACGCCUUUUACCUUCAGACGCGGACGGAGUUCUACGAGAUCGGCAGCGACGACGAGACCCUGACCACGGAAGAGGUCAUGGGCCCGGAGCGCCACCUGAUGGACGCGGACACCCACUCGGACCUGGUCCUGGCGCUGGAGCAGCCGGCGUCCGACAUGAAGGACACGCUGCGCGGGCCGCGCAAGCGGCUGAUCGAGGUGAUCCAAUUCAAGAUCGAGGACGGUUGGGACUUCUCCAAGCGCGCCGUGAUCCGCGACUUCCUGAACAAGAUCGACAACGACAAGCCCGACGAUAUCUUCUUCGCUCCCCCGUGCAAGCACUGGUGCUCCUGGCAACACGUGAACGAGAAGAUCUCUGAGGAGCGCGCCAAGGUUCGCAGCAACGUACACGAUCCAUGGCAAAGACAUGCCAUACCAGAAACCCACGAGACUGCAGCAUCGACCAACAAGGAGUUCAUUCAGCACAUGACCCUGGCACGCGCGUGCGCGGACGACCAAGUGAUCCUGCGGGGCAAGCUCGCCCAGCAAGCUCGGAACUACCCGAGACCGAUGGCGAGGGGGAUGGCCUACCUGAUCGCCGACCAGGGCAUGGACAUCGACGCCAUCGAGUACACCGACAUGAAGCAGGAGUUGAUGAGGCAGUUCAACGCGUCGACGAUCCGAGCAGUCAAGCGUGCACAUGUCAGCCUGGGCCACCCUUCGAACGCAGCGCGGGCGGUCGCCAUGCAGCAUGCGGGUGCUCCAGCAGAGUGGAUCCAGUGCGCCAGGCUCUUCCAGUGCGAGAUCUGCCUAGGCAGGCAGAGGCCCCGAGCGGUUCGCGUCGCAGUCCUGCCGAGGGCCAAGAGGUUCAACGAGGUGGUCUGCACCGACGUGCACUGCAUCACCUGGAAGAAGAAGGCGAGGAAGAUCCUGGCCAGUAUAGACGAGUUUACACGCUACGAGGUCGACUACCAGAUCUCGAAAGAGACGUUCCUGAAUGAGACGAAACUAUGGGAGAAGCUCUGGAUCAGCCGGGCCGGCAAGCCUGAGCCGAUGCGCAUGGACAUGGGCGGCUCUCACACGGCCAAGCGCACGCGCGACUGGAUGAGCAAGCACGGCAUCAAGCUCGAUCUGACCCCGAAAGGUGCGCACCACAGGUUAGGCCCGAUGGAGCGGAGCCACGCGGCGCCCUCUGCGACCGCGCUGGUCGACCCCAAGAGCGAGGUGCCCGAGAUGAUGAUCUGGAGAACGACCGCCGCGACGGCCCUCAUCGAGGCCAAGUGCUCGCGCGCCGCGCGAUCGGCGCUGCUGGCGCACAGCAGGCCAGCGAGGAGGAACUACGAGGUCGGCGAGUGGGUCUACUUCUGGCUAUCCGAGCAUACGCAGGGGAUGGAGAAGUGCCAUUGGUACGGCCCAGCUCUGGCGGUAGCAGUGGAGGCGAAAAUCAACGAGGACAACGCGAUGCACACCUCGGCGACGCACGGACGCGCGAUCUACCCUUGCAGCUUGGAGCAGCUUCGCCCCGAGCUGCCAGGCGAGGCCCGCGAACGAGAAGGACGCAGCGAGGACCCCGACAGCCCGCUCAGCACGAUCGAGAAGUUCAGGCGCGUGCUCAGGCGGACGAAGGGAACCUGCAACUACCGAGACCUCGCCGAGGAGGGGCGCUUGCCACAGUACGACGACAACAUGGACGACAUGGGCGAGCAGCAGCAGCCAAGCGCCCAGGCACCCAUGGAGGUGGACGAGACCGACGGCCCGACAGGUGCAGCUGCCGCGGCGGCCCCUGGAGAUCCUCACCCGACGACGGCCCUGCAGCGGCCAGCGCCGGCGCGUCUGGCAGCGCUGCGCGGGGGCCUAGCAGGUUCCACAUCGAGGCGAUGGCAUGUCGAGGAGGCUGAGAAGCUGGACGGCAUCCCGCUGGCCAAAGCCCUCGCCUGUCACGGGUUGACGCCCGAGGAGAAGGACCAGUUCUACGCGGCGAAGCUGGAGGCCCUCGAGGCUUUCAAUCGCAAUGACGGCUGGGAGCCCAUCAACGAGGAUGGGCAGAAGGUGGCCAACGCGCGCGUACUCUACCAAGGGUUCAAGCACCGCGACGUCGCCGAGGGCCAGCUCGACAGGCUGUUCAGCGCGGAUGUGAAGUCCGCAUUCCUGCAGGCUGAGGACGCGGGCGCACGCGGCCUCAAGCUGCGCGCGAGCCCGACGAAGAAGAUUAGAGAGAUGCUCUCUCACCAAAUCGGCCUACAACCUGGACAACUGCUCAAGAUGAUCAAGCCGUGUUUUGGUGACCCGCGGUCGCCCAGGCUUUGGCGCUACCGCUCCGACGAAGUCGCAGAGGUGAUCGGGCUCAGGAACCACAAGCUCGAGGAUUACCUGAUGCUGUCCCUGCGCCCGGCGAGGGUGGUCGACGACGACCCGCUCGACGCGCGCAGCUUCGAGGGCCAAACCUACGCGGUGGAUGGCCUGAUCGGCAGGCACGUGGACGACUUCAUCGGGCGCGGCAAGGGCGCGACGAACGAACAGGACCUCUACGCGAAGCUUGAGGGCGCGACCCUCAAGUUCGAGAAGUACCUGCACGCGGUGAAACCCAACAUCGUCGAGAAGCAUCGGAGAGCUGACCCCUUGAGUGUGCUGUCGCCGAAGGAGCCGACGAACUUCAGGACCCUGACUGGACAGCUGCAGUGGCGGGCAGCCCAAGGUCGAACACCGUGCAAGGACCUCUUGGAUGCGAACAAUGCCAACGCGGACGUAGGGCUGUACUUCGGGUUCGACAAGGCCUGGAGCAACCUGCGAGUUGGCAACUACACCGACGCUAGCUGGGCGAGCCGACAUGACUGCAAUUUGCAAGGAAGCUACGCGAUCUCCAUCGGACCCGCGGACGAGCUCAACGCCGGCACCCCCGCACCUGUUGUGGCCAUGGAACGGGGCUCGCUGUCGGCGGAGGCCCAGGCAGCAGCCUUGGGCGCAGAGUCGCUGAUGUUGGUGAAGGUCUAUCUGGCGUGGAGCUUACGACCCGACCUGGAGCUCGAAGAAGUGAUGACGUACCUGGGAGAGUCGCCGUUCAUCACGGACGCGAAGUGUCUCUACGACGCGUCGCGCUCAGCGACGGCAGGCCUGGGCAUCACGGAGAAGAGGACGGCAAUCGAG